GAUACUACGCCCUCAACUGCAUGUUCGUAAGUAAAACUCACGUUUUCUGCGAUCCUUUUUGAAAGUUGCGUUGCUCUUGCCAACGGGCACUUUCUCUGGUUUACCUUUUACCUCAGAUCUGCGACGCGGACAUGAAAAUCUUGGCCUUGGACCCUAUGCGACCGGGGUCGGACCACGACGCUUUUGUCUGGCGGACGACAUGGUUGCGCCGGCGGUUCCAAGCGGGGCGCAUCGUGAAUGCCGGGGAAUACCUCCUCGGUGACAGUGGCUACCCCUUGGAGCCGUGGCUCCUUACCCCGGUUCCUGGCCAUCCUCCAGUGCACACAGCCGAGGGGCAGUACAACACAGCACAUGCCGCUAUGCGUUCCGUAGUGGAGAGGUGCAUUGGGCUCUUAAAGAGCCGUUUCCGCUGUCUUCAGCGAUAUCGCACCCUCCUCUACGAGCCGGAACGUGCAGCCAACAUUGUCGCGGCAUGUGCUGUGUUGCACAACCUUCGCCUUUCUGAAGGCGACGAGUCAGGCGAUGACAGCGAUGACGACAGCAGCAGCGGCAGUAGUAGUAGUGAGCUUGACAAUAACGGCGACCCCAUGCCACACAGUCUGCCCCGUAACACGGGCUCUAGAAUGCACUACUUGAGAGGGCGGGCUGUUCGCGACAAUGUCAUUGGCAUGUUUGGAAUAACCCGUGCGCAGCACAUGCGUUAUUUGAGGAGCGUGCGGCGGCAGCUGCGACGUCAACAGCAGCGUCAGCAUCGUUAGGUGCAUGCACACAGUUUUAAGUAAUUGCAUUGUGCAUUUCAUGCUGUGAAAUUGCAGAUACAUUUCCCGUGCUAAGUUGUAGUUGAUGUCUGCGUAAUGCAAAGCAUUCAUGAUUUGUUGAGAAAUGUAAAAGUUGUUAAAAAAAUUAAAUUAUGGGGUUUUACGUGCCAAAACCACUUUCCGAUUAUGAGGCACGCCGUAGUGGAGGGCUCCGGAAAUUUCGACCACCUGGGGUUCUUUGACGUGCACCUAAAUCUAAGUACACGGGUGUUUUCGAAAUGCGGCCGGGAUUCAAUCCCUCGUGCUCAGCAGCCUAACACCAUAGCCACUGAGCAACCACGGUGGGUACAUAAAAGUUGUGUAGUGAAGGGUUAUGUAAAGCCUGCACUUAUAGUAAGUAAAACAGUAUCGUUAGAGGU